GCGCAGAAGCGGGCCAAGCUGUUGCUCGACAAGAUCGACUUGCCUGUCGAGCAGAUUGCAGGCCUCAAGAGCAAGCUCGCGGAGGCGAGCGAGCGCACCCGCGAUGGGCGGUCGCUCUUCGUCGAAGUCGCGUUCAGCUUCGCCCUCGAUAAUCUCAUGGAUCCGAAAUCGUCCAAGCCUAAGGCCUCAAUGCGCAAGGUGUUGCAGGAACAGCAUUCCGUGAUCGCAAAGAAGCGGGACGGGAUAGACGAGACCUGCGUCCACCAG